UUUUCCACUUUCAAACUAACUCUUCCUUCUCCCAUGGCUUCCAACGAUCUCAAACAUCGAAUCACACCCAAUCCAGGUCCAGACACUAUGAACGACAAGAAGAAAAGAAGGGACAAGCGAAUGGUGAUGGCCAAACGCGGCCUCAGGUCACUCGCCAUAGCCGUUUUUCUCCCUCUCUCUCUCACUGUCUUAUCAGCUUGCAUAGGCUCUUCCAUGCACAGCCAGUCACGUGCACAUGAUGCUGUCACGUGGAGAAAGCCCUUCUGGUUCCCACCCUCGUGGGCUCUGCACCUCACAUGCCCGGCUUCCAGCUUCUUGAUGGGUCUCUCGGCUUGGAUGGUGUGGGCAGAUGGGGGAUUCCACAGAAACCCCAUGGCUCUAUUGCUUUACUUCACUCAGCUUCUCUUCACUGUGCUUUGGGAUCCCAUUGUGUUGGGGGCUGGGGCAACCAGAGUUGGCUUGAUGGUGUGUUUUGGAUUGUUUCUGAGCCAGGUUGGGUGCAUGCGUGUAUUUCGCCCCAUCAAUCCGAUCGCCGGUGAUUUGAUAAAACCUUGUUUGCCAUGGAUUGCUUUUCUCUUUAUUGUAAAUCUCAAGCUCCUUUUUGUUUGAACCUUGUAGCAAUCUUGUGGUGGAGUGGACUCAAACUAAACACUGUCACGUAGAAAUCCUCUGUAUACAGCCCGCUUAAUCACGGAGUAAACACACGUGCUGUAAAUAACAUUCCUAGUAUUUUGUAUCUUGUUUGUUUAGUUGUUAGAUGCU